GAGAGCACGGAGGGCGGGGCUAGACAGCACGAGGUUAGAUUGACUUAGUCAGAAGGUGAAGUUGAUAAAACGUGGUUGGUAGUCUGGUGUGAUUCCGACAAACAUGAACUUGGAGAGUUUUCCCACACUUGUCAUGACUGAAGAAGAAAAAGAAAACGUUUAGCUCUCAGAGUCAUGGAGGGGCAUGCAGAGGAGAGACUGUGUGGGAAAUGGAGGGUUACCUGUGGUUUGUACAGUUACAACUUGAGGGAUGUCUUCACAUGGCGUCUUCUGAAGACCAUCCUCAUGGGGCAGCUCUUGUCCCUGCUGAUCUGUGGGACGGCGGUGAGCUGUCAGUACCUUGCCAACGCCGGGGUGGAGACGCCGAUGCUGCAGAGCUUCCUCAACUACGCCCUGCUGCUGCUCGUCUACACGACCAUCCUCAUCACCCGCAAAGGUGACAGGAACAUCCUCCAGAUUUUAAAAACUAAGUGGUGGAAGUAUUUGGUGAUGGGUCUGGCAGAUGUGGAGGCAAACUAUGCAGUUGUGAAGGCCUACCAGUUCACCACCCUGACCAGUAUACAGCUGCUGGACUGCUUCGUGAUCCCGGUGCUGAUGGUUCUGUCCUGGUUCUUCCUGAAGACCCGCUACAGGCUGGUCCACUUUGUAGCCGUGACGGUGUGUUUGUUGGGGGUGGGGGCCAUGGUGGGAGCCGACAUCCUGGCCGGAAGAGACCAGGGAUCCACCAGGGACGUGGUGCUGGGAGACGGACUGGUCCUGCUCAGUGCCGUCCUCUACGCCGUGUCCAACGUGUGCCAGGAGUACACGGUGAAGAACCUGAGCCGGGUCGAGUUCCUGGGCAUGAUGGGCCUCUUCGGGACCGUCAUCAGCGGCUUACAGCUAGCUGUACUGGAAACUCGAGCGGUAGCGGCGAUAAAAUGGGACGUUCACAUUUCCGUGUGGUUUGCAGUCUACGUCCUGUGUAUGUACACUCUGUACAGCUUCAUGCCCGUAGUGGUGAAGAUGACCAGCGCCACGGCGGUCAACCUCUCGCUGCUCACCGCCGACCUCUUCAGCCUCUUCUGUGGCCUCUUCCUCUUCCACUACACAUUUUCAACGCUGUACAUCAUCUCGUUUGUCGUCAUCACCGUGGGUUUCAUCAUGUUCAACGCCGUUCCCACGUACUCGGCUUUACCGGAGUCCGGCUCCAAUGAGGACGACGACCCCGGCGACGUGAUCGCAGAGCGCACAGCCGAGAGCUCCUCGGACCGUUUACUGUCUGCAGGCAGAGACGCCGAGACGCCGGUUGCUGUGGCUGCGCUCUGACUCAAGAUUGAAGAAGGUAGCUGGAUAGACUGCAACACUCAGAGGUGUGUUUUUACUCCGUUACAGGUCACUUUGAAGAGGACUCUCGUUUUAACUUUGACAUUGUUACACAAGAACACGUUUUCCUGGCACUUUGCAUUUUGAAGGAAAAUGCAGUUGUUACUGUUUCUGACAUCUCGUUGAUUGGCACAUUUUUCAUUCCUAUUAAUGUUACGUCAUUUUUUUAAAGAAGAUAUUUCUUUAUUAACAGUGAUCAAAUAUGUUACUGCACGUCGACAAUGCACUGCUAUUUAUUGUGCCAAAACUGAGAUUAAUAUAUUUGAUAUUUUACAAAAUACAUCAUCCACCACGCUCAUUGUUUUGAUUUUGAACACAAUCACUAAGUUGUAUUAUUGUUACGCUAUGGUGCUGUUACAUUGGGUGAUCUAUCUACCAGAUAAACUGUAAGUCACAUGGCUUUCUUUGCCGUGUGUAACGCAGGUUAACGUGCAGCAGGAGUUUCACUUUUUUACUAUUAAAUUAAUUUUUAUAUUGUC